AUGGCUUUCUCAAAGCAAGUGCUUGUUUAUUGUUGGAUAUCAAUUUUUUUGAUGCCGCUUACAACUUGUAAGGAUGAAUCAGAAGAAAGUGGACACGAGCAAGAUGAUUAUGGCAGGAGAAUUCUGGAAAUUCAUGAGGGAAUAGCGUAUGAGUUUGUUCAGGAAUCCAUGCCAUGGGCUGAAGCCCAUGAGAGCUGUGAAAAACAAGGGGGACAUCUUCUGAGGGACUUGAAUGUUGAGAUUAAGGAGCUCGUACAAACCCAGUACACAGAAACUGGACCGUGGUGGGUCAGUCGGGAGUUGAUGUAUAAAAAUUCCAUCAGUGGAUUUGAACCUGUCUCGUAUUCCCCUGUUAAAAAUGAUGGCAGUGUCAGUAAAGAUCACUUAGCUUGCACCUAUAUGGUCAAAGAUCCAUUUCAGCUGGUGACCACACCCGACUGCAGCAUGAGCUUUAGCUCCCUCUGCACGCGAGUUUUAAAUACACAUCUGACAUCAAGUGAAGCAAACAAAAGGAGCCGCAGAAGUCUUACUGACACAUUGACGUCACUGGAAGUCAGUAUAGGAAACACUGUUGUGCUUUUGGAGAAUGCCAAAACAAUGUUGAAGGAUUUGGAGACAACAACAGAAGUACUAUCAAAGGAAAAUAAGAUCAAAUACCUGCAAAACAUAUAUGGUCACCUUCAAACGAGUGCUAUAGUGAAUCCAGUCCAGCUUGAUGAAAUUAUGAACAGCACUGCGGCCAUGCUUUUGUACUCACAAGAGUGUGAACCUGACAACAUGGAUGAUCUUGAGGAACUCAUCACUCUUGCCGGCCACAUUUACGGAAAGGCUCUGGCUGGUAACGGUAACAUUGUCAAGGAACUUCCAACAGGCACUAUUUAUGUCACAAGGCAAGAUUCAAGCACCCUGGGUGGAAAAACCGUUGGCUCAAUAGAUGGAGGAUUUUGCCAACUUCCAUCUCUUACUGCAAUGACUGGACAGCUGCCUACUGGGAAUGUCAAUGUGCAGCUCUUCCAAUUUAAAGAGAAUCCAUUGGAAACCAAGUCCAACGAAAGCAUCACUGGAACAACUUGCUGCUUUUCUUUGCAGAAUGGAAGCUCUACACUCAAAUUAGCAAAUCUUCCACAGAACAUUGAGAUAUAUCUGCCUCGGCCUGAAGCCCCUGAGCCUGAAGUUGUAGAUAUAACCUGGAAACCAGGGUUUACUGUCACCUCAACAUUCAACAUCUCAGACGUGAAUAUGACUUUGGUUGUUACAGCAAUGCCAAAUCGAAACGUAACUCUCCGUGUGACUUUGUACCCACCAGAGGAGGCAAACGCCACCUAUUUGAAUCAAAGCACGAAUAUAACCUACAAAGACAAUUAUCGCUGGCUGAUCACCCCUGAAAUGACAAAGGGAAUUGAGGGGGCCUGGAAGGUGGCGGUAUUACCAACUGAUUACUCCCCAAGUGAGUUGCUGACCUUUAAAGUCUCCGUUUUUGUAACCAAGUGCCUGUUUUGGGAUACCAGCCUUGGAGCCUGGAGUAGAGAGGGCUGCAUGGUUGGUCCCAAUACAAUGCCGAACCUAACUCACUGUUUGUGCAACCACACAACAUUCUUUGGGAGCUCCUUCUUUGUGAUGCCCAACCAAGUUGAUUUGUCCCAGACGGCAGCUUUGUUUGCCACAGUAAAUGAGAACUAUAUAGUGGUGGUUUUACUCAGCUGCUUCUUUGCCCUCUUUCUGGUGGUUGUAAUGUGGGCCUGGUAUGCAGACCGCAAAGCUCUCAGAACGCGUAAAAUGACACUGUUGGAGGACAACCAUCCAUGUGCCAUGUACAACUACCUUGUGAAUGUGCAAACAGGCCACAGAAGAGGGGCUGGCACCACUGCGAAGGUUAUGAUGACCAUCCAAUUCAAAGAAGGGCAAAGUGAACAUUACAGUUUGUCUGACCCUGAGAAGCCAGUGUUUGAGAGGGGAGGGGUGGAUGUGUUCCUGCUCAGUAUGCCCUUCUCUCUUGGAGAACUGCAGAGCAUUGACAUAUCGCAUGACAACUCGGGUGGAAGCCCUGACUGGUACUUGGACAGAAUCAUGGUGCAGGAUUUACAGAUGCAGGAGGUCACACACUUUCUGUGCUCCACCUGGCUGAGAGGUGAAAUAUGCAAGAGGACCUUCAACUCAGCUAACAUGAAUGAAGUUGCAAGCUUUGGCAAUAUCUUCCAGACCCGGACAUCUUCUGGCUUCCGGGAUGAGCACAUCUGGGUGUCGAUCGUGGACCCCCCACGGCGCAGUCCUUUCACGCGUGUUCAGAGAGUGUCCUGCUGCAUGUCUCUGCUGCUCUGCACCAUGGCCAUUAACAUCAUGUUCUGGAACCUUCCUGUUGAUGAAGAGUCUCCUGUCCUUCUAAAGAUAGGCUCUUUUGAACUGACAUGGCAGGAGUUCAUGGUUGCCAUAGAGAGCGGCCUUUUCAUGUUCCCCAUCAACAUCCUGAUCAUAACUAUCUUCAGACACAUCAAACCACGCAUUCUCCUGAACAAAGGGAAGACUGGCACUUCCAAGAAAACAACACCGGCUGCUGCUGUUUCUAUGAACACUAUCAUAAAGGAAACCGUAGGACUGUUAAAUCAUCUGAGCAAAAGCCCCAAAAACAUGCUGGCUGCCAAAGAGAUACGGCCUGAGACCAGUGGCGAUCUUUUCUGGGCCCUGAAUAAAGUGAAUGACGUCCUUCAGAUUAUGCAAGUGGAAAAUGUUGGUGAUCCUCACUGGUCGUACUGCAGCCGCUUUGUGUUCUAUUCACUGAGCCACAUUUCUAACCUGCUGGAGCAUGUGGGAGAAAAGGGCUUUUUCCUUAACGAGGAGCUUCGGCAGGCGCGCGGGACAGUCGGUGUCCUGCUGAAGAAGGCUGAAAUGGCUACUCUCCAGCACGCUUCCCAAAGCCAACCAUCUGUGCAAGUACAGAAGAAGAAACAGGGUUGGUGGUUGCCUUGGUGGUUUCUCUUUAUUGGUUGGUUCCUGCUUUUUGCCAUGAGCGGUAUUUCCACCUUCUUUACCCUGCUUUAUGGCUUCCAGUAUGGAAGGGAGUCUUCCAUACAGUGGGUCAUCACUCUUACAUUAUCUCUCGUCCAAAGCAUCUUCAUCUUGCAGCCCCUUAAGGUGAUAUUUGUGGCGAUCUUCUUUGCCAUGAUCCUGAGGCCAGUCACUGUGGAGAACAACGAGGAGGUGGAACUGCUCCUGCAGGAGCAAAGGGGGAAAUGUGAGGAAUACGCCGGGAGGUCAAUAUCCUGAUUACAUCUCACCUCGGACUCAAAUUGUAAAGGAGGAUGCUUGAUUUGAGAAGUCAUCAAACUCACACAAUUUUACUCUAGAUUUUGGUGUUGGGAACAGAAGAUGCCAUUUUCAUGUCUAUGCAAAUGAUUGGCGUCUCACUGUCUCUUGCAGAUUAUAAUCCAUUUGUGUAGGCAGACUUU